AUGUCAGACAAAUUUAUUCCAUAUCAUUUACGUGAUAUUAACGAUCCUCCAGCUCAUCUUGAUGAUCAACAAAAAGCGAAUUGGAUAAGUGCUGCAAAAAAAGAACCAUUACGUAAGGAAAUUUAUCCAGUUAUUGUUUAUCAAUGGUUUGAAUGGCCAAUUAAAACAACAGUGGUUAAUCUUCAACUUAAAUUUGCUGAUUGGUAUAGUUGGGCACUAUCUCAUUGCGAGAUGUGUAGCCUGUCAAAUCGUCGUAAUAUUAUUAUUAAUGAUAUUAACUCUGAUGGACAAAUGAAUUUAUUAUCAAAAUAUACUUGUCAUAAAUCAAGUCCUUAUCGUCCUAAUGAACCAUGA